AUGUCUACCCACGAAGACAUAAUCGAUUCCCCCAGUUACGAUGCCCCGGUUCCUGAGCUCGACGACCACCGUCAUCACUCGACCUCGUCACAGAAGGUUGAAAGACCCCGUCGCGGCACCUUUGACAGCCUCUACGGUCCUCGGCAUGUCAACAACCAAGAGUCUACUAAUCCCGAGAUAGUCGUUCGCGACUUCGAGGAGGCCGUCAUUGAUGACGAUGAAGGCGUCGAUCCACUCUCGGAGAGGCGUUCCCGUCGGCCCACCUUCAACUCGACCAACGAGGGAGUCAAGCUCUCCCCGCCAAACUCGGUCAAGGCCUUUGCCGCGGCCCGCCGCCGCGAGAGGGAAAUGUCCUUAUCUGAGCCUGGUCCCGAGACCGAAGAAGGCCGCAGCCGGCCUCUAUCCGUCUCGAGCCGUGGCAGCAAGCGGAGCUGGGCCCAAACGCUUGAGAAGGAAAACCGCAGUGUCAUCACCAACAAAACGGCCGAGGAGGACGUCUGCUUCCCUCUCCAGGAUGAGCACCGAAAACUGCGGCUCCGCAUCGACUUUGACUUCCUCGAGAACUUCAUGAAAGCCGAGCGGGCCGCCCGCGUCGAGAGCCGUGUCGAUAGCCACGACGGCCAGAUGGGUACCUUUGAGGACCUCCAGGCCCUGUCCGCCGGGGCACGCCGGACCCAAGUGUCGACCAACGAUGGCGAUAUCCUCGAGAUGCCAUCGGACGAGUCAGUGUUGCAGGAGAAGGCUACCAACACAGAGCACGAGAAGCCCAAGGCCCAGCAAUCGCACAUGGACAACAACCGCUUCAGCUUCUUCUCGUCGGCCUGGGAGUCGACAAUCCACGCGGCCGAGAUGGCCGAUCUCGUCCUCCCUGGUGAGGAUCUCCGUGGUCUCUUCGAGCUACCCGAGGACGACGUCGACGGCGUCUGGUGGCUCAACUGCAACAUGGGCACCAAGGAGGAGGUUCAGGGCAUCUGCAAAGCUUUUGGCAUCCACCCCCUGACCAUUGAGGAUAUCAUCACCCAGGAGGCGCGAGAGAAGAUUGAGCUGUUCCCUUCGUACUACUUUGCCUGCUUCCGCUCCUUCAACGUUGUAGAGGAGCCCGAUGGCAAGGAGUACGAGCCCUUCAAUAUUUACGUGGUGGUUUUCCGCGAGGGAACCCUGAGCUUUAGCUUUCACCCCAACUCACACGCCUCACAAGUCCGCAAACGCAUCACAGCCCUCAAGGAAUAUGUUUCACUCAGCAGCGACUGGAUCUGCUAUGCUCUCAUCGACAACAUUGUCGAUACGUUCGGCCCCGUCAUUCACCAGCUGGAGCUGGAGGCUGACGCCAUCGAGGACGAGGUGUUUGUCAUGCGAGACGACGACUCAGCCAAGUUCCUUCGAUCCAUCGGCCAAGCGCGCAAGAACUGCAUGGCCCUCCUGCGCCUGCUGGGUGGCAAGGCUGACGUGCUCCGUGGCUUCACCAAGCGCUGCAACGAGAAUUACCAAGUGACCCCUCGUAUGGACAUUGGCAUGUACCUGGGCGACAUCCAAGACCACGUCGUCACCAUGGCCACCAAUCUAGGCCACUUUGAGAAGAUCCUGUCUCGCGCCCACAGCAACUACCUGGCUACACUAUCCAUCAACUCCAUCUCCCAGGGCACCGACACGAACCGCGUCCUCAGCAAGAUCACUUUGGUCGCGUCCAUCCUCGUACCGCUCAACCUCAUCAGCGGUGUCUUUGGCAUGAAUGUUCCCGUCCCAUUUGCCGAAUCGGGCAGCCUGGGGCCCUUUUUCGGUAUCAUUGCCGCCAUGUGCUCCGUCUGCGCCAUCAUCUUUACCAUUGCUCGAUGCUACAAGUGGAUCUAA